ACGAUAGUGAACACACGCGCUCACCUGUUUUACCUGCUUCCGACGGUAUCGAAACAAGUGACUCGCGUGUUCUUUUCUGCGCCUAGCCUACUCAGACUAAGUUUGGAAAUCUAGUGUUCUGUGCGCUGUGUUCAAAUCGUGGGGAAUACGCCUGAUAUCCUCGUACUUUCCUGAAGGAUGUGACAUAAUUUUUUCCUGGAUUACAAUAACAGUGUGCUUGCAUUCUGUUGAAAUCCAAAAAAAAUUUAAUUGAACUUUUAUUUUGUUUACUCUCCAAACAUAGAUUUCCCAAUAGGACUCGUAAACAAUUUUGUGCUGUGGCAAUUGAACUGAUAUGUCAAUAAUUAAGUAGUGAUAACAGUUAAGUGGUGUGAAGGGAUUAAGUUCGAGAUGGCUUCCGAUGAAGACUGCAACAAUGCCUUUUCCUAUCCCAUCUUGGAGGACACGACGUCAUCUCCAGUGCCGAGCAACCACUACGCCACUUGCCUCUCCCCUUCGAAUACUCCCUCGCCCUUGCUGCCACCGCAGUACCGGUACGAGUACCAGGAGGAAAUGCUGCCAGCCUCUCAGGUGUUACCUCAGGUGUUGCAGAAAACCCAGCAGGAGAUCUGGUCAAUGGCCGAACCGGUAUAUGACUAUAGACCAUAUGACGGGAACAGAUUUAGUGCGAAUGACUACCUUCGGCAAAGUUACUCAGAAACUAUACCAGUGUACGCUCACCAGAGGACUAGUUUUGUGCCAAAAAUAGGCGGACAGGGACAGAAAGUGACGAAGGAAGCAAGGAUACGACGGCCAAUGAACGCCUUCAUGGUGUGGGCAAAAGUGGAAAGGAAAAAGUUAGCUGACGAAAAUCCUGAUCUCCAUAAUGCUGAUCUGAGUAAAAUGCUAGGUGAGUUCGACUCUUUGAUUACUUUCUAUAAUGGAUUCUUUAAUAUGUAA